UCUUUUUUAUAUAUUAUAAUAUUAAGUGGCGUUUUUGUUAAGUAAAUAUAAAAUUGAUAAAUUUUUACCAUUUACUGGAUUCGUGAUAUUUAAAAUGUUGCACGAAAUUUUACUGUCACUUUGGGGAUGUUCAACCAGUGUAUCACAGAUAAUAGAGACAGAUUCUGUAGAUCUUGAUAAAUACUUACAUCCCGGAGAACGGGCGCUACUCAAUAAAAUAUUGGAUAUUGUGAAGGAGUGCAAUGUUGUACGUAACUUUAUACAUACAGUAAGCAGCGAGGAUACAAAAGAAUGUACAGGUCCUGGUCUAUAUAUACGCGCUCUUUGUGAUGGAAUGGAUCAAGCACUGGAUUCUUUUCGUGAAGAAAUAGUUGAAUUAGAAACUACAGUCUUAAAUGACAAAUAUACUCCACUGUCAUUAAUUCUCUGCAAUGUUGAAAAAUAUACUUGUUUGUUUUCGUUAUUGCAUUCUAUCAUUCGUGAGAUUCGUACGCAAAAACUUUAUGGUUGUAAAUUGUUACAAUGUUUACAUCAGCGUAUGCAUACUGGCAUACCCGAGAUCAACUCCACUUUAGAACUAAUGGCUCAUUCUGUUCACAUUGUUUUCUACAAGCAUCUAACGAGUUGGCUCUUGUAUGGGCAUUUAGAAGAUGUUCACAAGGAAUUUUUCAUACAAAAAACGUCGGAUUGUAAAAAAGCUUUGAUGAGCGAAGACGGAAAAAACGACAUUGAUGCACGCAAAUCAAUAAGUGGCAAAAGGAUUGAUGUCGAUAUGUGGGACUAUACUGUCCAAAUGGACAUGUUACCAUCUUAUAUUAGACCAUCACUGGCUAAUAAAAUCUUGACCAUUGGUCAGACUGUCAUUAUGUUUGGAAAUGAUCCUAGACAGAAAAAAGAUUUCAGCAUGAUAUCCAAGACGGAAAAUUCCGUAUGGGGCGACAAGGAAUAUGAAUACUUCAGGAAACUUCAGAAUCUCCAGGCAAAAUCUGUUUUUAACAUCGUUGAGUUUGAUCGCACUAUCAAUGAAUUGAAACAGUGUGUGACUGAACUUUUAUGGCACGUUGCUGUGGAAGAGGCGCAGUUGAUACAACAGCUUAGGCUCGUGAAAGAAUUUUUUUUGAUGGGACGUGGCGAUCUUUUCUUAGAAUUUAUCAAGCUCACGGCGCACAUUUUGAAUAAGGCACCCACAAGUCAUACUUCUAGAGACAUUAAUCUCGCGUUUCAAAUGGCGCUGAGAAAGAUGCACUUAAAUGACGAAAGCGCUAUCGACAGUUUUAAUUUCGUGGUACCCGCGCUAUCUUCUGAAAAUGAAGACAUCGACGUGGAUGUCACUGAUCUUCCCGAUAAUGAAAGACAAGAUCCUAAUGGUGCAUAUUUACGUUGUGUUAUAAUCGCGGUUUUUUCUGAAAUAUUUAAAGAUAAAAUGUUAAAUGAAUUUAUUUUAGAAAAACGCGGGUGGGGCAUGAUCACGUUGAAAUACAAAGUUGUUUGGCCAUUGCAUUUAUUGUUUAGUCCAGCCGCAUUAAAUGAUUAUAACACUUUGUUUCGCUUUCUGUUGAGAGUUAAAAAGACUCAGAUAGACUUGUGGAAUCUUUGGAGUGAGCACAUGCAUCACAAAAACAUUGACAUUGGUGUGAUACAGUUGAGAAAUAAUUUGAUCUUUAUCGUCGACAAUUUGCAGUAUUAUCUGCAAGUAGAUGUAGUAGAAAGUCAAUAUACUGUUAUGGAAGCGAGUAUGAAAAACACACGAAAUUUUGAAGAUAUACAAAAGGCGCAUUCUGUGUUUUUGGCUAACGUUCUGUCGCAAACCUUUUUACUGGAUAGUGGAACAGGAAAAAAGAAUCCCGUAAAUAAAUUGAUACAUCUCUUGUUACGGCUGUGCGACGAUUUCAUUCUGCAAGCAUCUAUGUGGGAAGUUGGUAAUUUGCUUUUAACGGAAAAAGAAGAGCUUAAAACAUUAUGCGAAACGCUCGACAGCGUAAUGGACUGGUUGACAAAGACUUUAAAUAGAGUGCGUGCACAACCUAGUGGGGAACACCUGGCUCGAUUGCUACUGAGAUUAGAUUUUAACAGAUGGUUCAGUAAAAAAGUUUAAAAAAGAUAAAAAAAUCAUGGAGCAAGUUAUAAUACAUCACAAUACAUAACUGCUAAAAAGGAUGUAAUAUAUCUUUUUUGUAAAUAUUAUUUUAUUGAAAUUCAAUACAUAUAAUGUUUAAUUAAGAAUACGUAUGCAAUAUAAACUAAAUAACAUUAUUUUUAUUAAUUAAAACUAAGACGCUUAAAACUAAUAUGCUUUAUGAUAUAAAAUUUAAAAAAAAAGAGAACUUUAAAUAAUAGGAUUGGUCUGUUAUCCUUUUUGUAUUAAUUAUUUUGUAUAUUUGGUUUCCAUAAUAUUUUCUUAAAUUUACUUUCCUGUAUCAUGUACAAAUCAUACAAUCAAUACAAUAAUCGCUAAUGUUUUUAUUUAAUUAUAAUAAUACUCUACGAAUCACUUGAAUAUUUAUUCUGAAUUUGAUUGAUGAUGUGGCAGUUCAAUAAAGACUUUGUUAUGUUGUA